AUGCUUGCCAGCCAGGAGAUAGCAAAGCAGCAAGCCAGGGAGAUGUUGGUUGAGGGGACGAUGGGAACAGAGAAAGGGUAUGUCAACCUGGAUAUGCCUCUCCGCCACGUGCCUGAGAAUUCUCACUUUGAGAUUGUAUUUGCCAAGCGCAAGGGUCACAGAAAAGAUGGCAGGAAAGCUGGAGCCUGCAUCAAAUUCUAUGUUUUGACCAUUGGGAAAAGAAUAAAGAAGAUUGUGAAGUGUCCUGACCUUCACAAAGAUGGCUGUAAACUCUGUGUUUAUGCCUUCAAAGGAGAAACCACACGGGAAGCCUUGACCAAAGAUGGCAGAUUUCUUCCUUUACUGGAAACCAGAAAGUGGAAUCUGAUAGAAAAUGUCGAGUCAGUUUUAGAAAACAACCAAAUAGCGGACAACUUAGAGGACAAAUGUUUUGAGGUCAAAAGAAUGCCAUCAUACGGGACAUUAGCCAGAGCUUCUCAGAGCUGUGAGGUGGAGCAGAGACUAAGCUGUGACUUAGAAAGGCGCAUUUUGGAUCAGUUUUCCAGUUUGACAAAAGAACGCUUACAAAUCAGCAACAUUUUUGAUCAAGAGAAAAAGGAAAAGAAGAGGCCAAUCAGGACCCUAUUUAACAUACAUAGAAAGAACUUUGGGAAACUAAGCUCAGCCUCUAUCCCAGUUAAAGUAAUUCAAUUUCUGAGCAUUCUCAGUAACUGUGUGGGAUACAUAUUCUGGGACAACAAUGGAAACCAAGAAGGAGCCACCUGUUUUGUCUUAAAGAAUCACCACGUUCUUACUUGCAGCCGUGUCAUGAACUUCAUUGUAGGUUUAGGCGUGGAGCUGGAGGAGGCAGCACAAGCGAUCAGUGGCUCUGCUUGGGCGGCCUUUACUUUUGAAGAUAUUCAUGGAAGCCAAGACAAAGAGUGGCUCAUCGAGCCUUGGUUUGAAGUUGAUCAAUCCCUGGAUUAUGCGCUGCUGACACUGGAGAAUGGCUCUCCCAUUCCCAUGGGUUGGUGGGACCAAAUUGCUUCUCCACCAAAGAAUGGCAACCUGCAUAUCAUUGGUCACCCAGAUCAACAGGAAAAAUCAACUGAUAAAUGUGUGAUCAUUCCCCAACCGCUUCGGGAACUGGUGUGUCAAAGCCACUUCCAGGUCGCUGUGGAAAGUAACUCUAUCCUCACAUUUUCACCAAGAAGUUUCCAGGAGGUUUCUACAAACCAGAAGGUAAUCACCUUCCGAGGGGCUUCUGGCUCCCCCAUCUUCCAUGCAAAUGGGAAGCUAGUUGCCACGCAUGCUGCAGGUUUUCUAUAUUGCGACAAAGGAAUAAAUUAUGGCAUCAUUGAGUUUGGGUAUCCAAUGGAGGCAAUGGCUUGGGAUAUUAAGCAUCGAUAUGAGACCUUCUAGAGCUCACAGUUCUUAAGUCAAGAAGAUAUUGAAAUGGUGAGUGAUGAUGAGUAA